ACUGAAACAAAAACCUUUGAAAAAAUCACAAAAAGUAUAUAAAAAUUAAAACAAAUGAAAGUUAACUAAAAUAACAAAAACCAAUAUCAAUAGUAAUGUCUCUUAUAUCAUUAUUAAAUGAAAAAUGGAAAAUACAUGGUUUGGUAUUAGAAUUUUAGUAUAUUGGUAUAACUAAUAUUUUUAAUUUAAAUAAUUACAAAACACAUCGGUUUCUCGGUUCGGUUCGGUUCGGUUUAAAACCAAACCGAACUGCACUAUUCGGGUUGGAUAAAUCUUCAAACGAAUGGUUUGAAAUAGACUUUGGUUCGGUUUGAAUCGGUUUCGGUUCGGUUGGUUCGGUUUGAUUCGGUUUGGUUCGAUUUUUUUUUCCACCCCUAUUUACUAGGGUAGCUGCUGUAAUUUUAUAUGUCAACUGAUAAAGUAACCAAUUAAAGAAAAAAGAGAAAUUAAUUAUUUGUCGGAUGCUGACUUUUCUGGUAUUUAUAGAUACAUUUCAUGGAAAAUGUGGGAAACAUGUCUAUUUAUUAUUUCCUCUCUUCUUUAACUAUGAGUAUGCCAUUGAUUAAUUGGACAUUUGGACUAGAAGCAAACUCGAACAUCAAUGGCAAACGAAAAAAAGGGUAAUUAAAAAACAAAUCUUAUCUACCGAAAAGAGAAUAUAGUAAUGGUUUGACCCAUUUUAAAGAUUUUAAAGAAAACAAGGUAUAUACUAAUCUUUGAGAAUCAUUCAAAACCAUUUAUAUUCCCUUGAAAUGCUUUAAAAUAUUUUUAAAACCCCGUGUACAUCUUGGAAAGGCGACUAAACCCUUUCCGUUGACAAACUGAAUAAAACAAACAUAGCUCUUAAAGAUUGUAAAUAGAUCACAAAUAAUAAGCUUGUAAAGAUAUGUUUAUUUAUCAAGAACAACUAUAUUAUAAAAACUCAAUUAUUAGACCAUGACUUCGUAUAUGGUGAAGUAAGGGUAAAUGGAAAAGUUAAGCCCGUCUCUUCUAAUUGUCAAAUUCUUCAAAGUAAACAUAGCUCUUCUUUGAUAAAAAAAAAACAUAUCUCUUCUAUAUAUAUGAGAUAUUCAAGAAACAUAUAACUAUCAAGCCAGAAAAAAAAAAGCAAAUGUCAGAUGGAACUUGGGGCCUGACCCAUAAACAUUUUCGCGAUUCUGGAUUCUAACCUCCUCCUAAGAAGAGUGCUAUGCGCUAUAAUGGAGAGUCCGAUAAUGAAGACAUGGAGAAAAAUAAAGACUUUUGGCCAAACGAGCUCUUCAACCACGGCUUCGUUCACAAGAAGCAAGACUUGGAAUGGCUCUGCUCAUCUUGAGGAUGCUAAGAACAGCGAAUCCAUAGGAAAGAUCAAGAAAAAGUGUUUCACCGUUUACGUUGGUCCCAUGAAACAGAGAAUCGUGGUAAAAAUGAAACUUUUGAACCAUCCUUUGUUCAAGAACUUGUUAGAAGCCGCAGAGAAUGAAUAUGGAUAUAGACGUGAUGGGCCCAUUGUUCUUCCGUGCGAGGUUGACUUCUUCUUCAAGGUUUUGGCUGAUAUAAAGUCUGAUGUUCAUGGUGAUGAUUAUGAUGACGAUGAUGAUGGUUUGAUUAGUCCUCCGAUUUGCGGGUGGGGUAGUCCCAGCAUGAGAAGGAACGGUUCGUACAAGCUUCUUCGAUCUCCAUCCUUGUUCAAGUGGAAUAGAUUUUGAAUUUCUUUUUUUUUCCCCUUUCCAUAAGUUAUUGUUCACAACAUUACCAUAUGCAUAUACUUGCAGUUGUAAGGAAUAUUUCCUUUCCU